AUGGCUGCAUCAUGCUCGCGCUGCAAGGCGCCAGAUGCAAAGUUUGAGCUGCGAAACGUGGCGACUUGCGAACGUAGAUUCACCGUGCUCCAGCGAGAGACCAGGGCGUCGCCGAAGCCUGAGCCCAGGAGAUAUGUUGCCGGCCUCUCCUUUGGACCCUCUUCAACUGCUCUCACCCAGAUCCUUGACAAGACUGCACGAUAUCAGGCCUCACGGAAGGGAUCGUCGCCCUUUGAGCCCCUCGUGGUCCAUAUUGACACUGACCUCUCUCACCCCGCCGAUGCACUCGAUACCCCUGCCCAGAAGCUUCUUGCGAGAUACCGCGAAAAGUUCCCCAAUGUCUCACUGGAGUGUGUUCACUUGAGCAGAGUGCUCAGUGUCAGGACAAUCGACUGGACGACAAUACCGAUUCCCGCAGAUGGAAGCGACGUUGAGCGGCUACAGCAGUUUUUCUCGUCACUCCCGUCGGUGACUUCACGCGCUGAUAGUCUGAGGCUGUUUAUUCGCCAUCUCCUCCUCCACGUGGCCAUGGAAAGGUCCUAUUCGGCCUUGCUCUUCGGCCACAGCACCACUGCCUUGGCCAGCCUGACCCUGUCCGAGGUUGCCAACGGCAGAGGCUUUGCGGUUCCUUGGCAGAUUAGCGACGGCCUGUUUGCAGUCUGCACCUACCACCGGGCCGCAGAUCCGGCGGGCGCCGGGGAAUCAAGCCAAGAAGGUUCCAAGAUUCAGUUCCCCAUAUAUUACCCCUUGCGAGAGAUUCUCAAGAACGAAAUCGUCACCUACCUCAGCACCAUGCCCUCUGUCCAAGAUCUCAUUCCCCCCGUGGACAAGACAUCGUCAAGCGUCGUUUCUCACAAGGAUCAAAGUAUAGAAGAAGUCAUGGCCCGAUAUUUCGACGGCGUGGAGGGCCCUUACGCCGGCAUAGUGACCAAUGUCGUUCGCACUGCAGGCAAACUGGACCGGCUUGAAACGUCGCAGUAUUGCCGUUUAUGCGGCAUCACCCUGGAUGACGAGGGUGAUUCGACCUGGGCCGGCGAGUUGGGAGACGACCCUGCAGAUGGCUCCCUGACACUCAAUAAGGGGAAGCUCUGUUAUGGAUGCAAGCGUUCUAUGGGAGGAUAGAGGGGGGGAAACCCGAUG